AUGACGGUUGUACAAGGGUCUCAACGGCGCGGACGGUGUCUAAGGGAGGGCAAGGAUAUAGACAGAAGAUGGGCGAGAGUGGUCAUCAUCGGCCGGGGCAUCGUGGGAUGCAGCGUCGCUUACUACCUGACGAAGCUGGGGUGGACCGACGUGGUGGUGCUGGAACGCAAGACGGUUGCGGGCGGCACGACGUGGCACGCGGCGGGGCUGGUGACGCAGCUCCGGGCCACGCGGACGAUGAUCGACAUCAACCGCGUGGGCGCGCAGCUCUAUUCCACGCUGCACGAGGAGACGGGAAUCCCGACCGGUUUCCGUGCCACCGGAAGUCUGACGGUCACUACGACGAACGACCGCAUGGACGAGCUCAAGCGCAUCCUGUCGCUCGGCAGGUGCUACGGCAUCGAGAUUCACGAGAUCUCGGCGGAGGACGCCGGCACGAUGUGGCCGCUCAUGCGGACGGACGACCUCAAGGGAGGAACUUACAUCCCGAAGGACGGCCACGCGAUCCCGGCCAGCGCGGCGCUGUCGGUCGCGCGAGGAGCGGAGAUGGGCGGGGCUCGUAUAGUAGAGAACGUGCAAGUUACCGGUGUGAACCGGAAGGACGGCGUUGUGACAGGCGUAUCGACGGACCGCGGGGACAUCGAAUGGGCAUUCCGGAGGACAUCGCGUCCUGCGGACCCGGACGAGCAGAUAUACUUCCGACGUGACGCCGAGGAACAGGGGGCCAUCCUCAUGGGAGGGUUCGAGACCACGCCCAAACCGUGGGGCGACGACGCCAUACCCCGAGACUACCACUUCGACCUGCUCGAACCCGACUGGGAGCACUUCAAGGUCUUCUGGGACAACGCCGUGCAUCGCGUUCCGGCGAUGGGUGAGGCGGGCAUCAACCGGUUCUGCGUCAGCGCCGAGAGCUUCACGUCGACAACCGGUACCUGA